ACUUGCGAGGCGUCUGUCACAUGAGCUGCGCGCCCACUCCCCCUCCUCCUGGCUGGUCUGUGAAUGAAGCUCUGCCGGCUACGUGGGGCGCUAGCUAGCUCGGCUUGGUGUCCUGGACGCCGGAGCCGACUGAGCGCUCGGCCCGCCGGCGGCCGACACGGGCUCCGCCGCCCCUCACCUCGGCGACAGAGCAAAUCAGUUUCCUGGAGUGCCAAGCGAAGUUGUACGUGUGCCCGUGUAAUAACGUCAGUGUAAGCUACCCCGAAUUAGAGGGAAAUUCAGAAGCGUGGAGCAUAAAAAGCCAGUUCAGGGCUUGAGCUACGUGACAAGGCCACACAGCUGCUGCUGUUCCAUCUACACAUCCCAUUCAAGCCUCCUCACAAAACCGGAGGAAUUUGAGGAACUGAGUGUGUGACUCCCAACGUGGGAGAGGAUAGGAUCAAGAUGGCCAUGUGGCAGGAGCACCGGAGAGAAGAACCUUCUCACCCCAUCACCUUUUCAUAUGCUUUGACUGGAGGAGCCAUGGAUAAAAGAGGCUUUCAGCAGGGGAGUCUCAAUAGCUUCCGGAGCAGCUCCAGUGAUGAAGACUUGAUGGACAUACCAGGGACAGCUAUGGAUUUUUCCAUGAGAGAUGAUGUUCCUCCCUUAGAUGGAGAAAUACAAGAGGACAAGUCAUACAAUGGUGGAGGAAUAGGUUCUUCAAAUAGGAUGAUGGACUUCUUGGAGGAGCCGAUCCCUGGUGUGGGGACCUAUGAUGAUUUCAAUACAAUUGACUGGGUGAGAGAGAAGUCUCGAGAUCGGGAUAGGCACCGAGAGAUUACCAAUAAAAGCAAAGAGUCCAUGUGGGCCUUAAUUCACAGCGUGAGUGAUGCUUUUUCUGGCUGGUUGUUGAUGCUCCUCAUCGGGCUCUUAUCAGGUUCCUUAGCUGGCUUGAUAGACAUUUCUGCUCAUUGGAUGACAGACUUAAAAGAAGGCAUAUGCACAGAGGGAUUCUGGUUUAACCAUGAGCACUGUUGCUGGAACUCUGAGCACGUCACCUUCGAAGACAGAGACAAAUGUCCUGAGUGGAAUAGCUGGUCCCAGCUUAUCAUCAGCACAGAUGAGGGAGCCUUUGCCUACAUAGUCAAUUACUUCAUGUACGUCCUCUGGGCUCUCCUAUUUGCCUUCCUCGCUGUGUCUCUUGUCAAAGUGUUUGCACCUUAUGCCUGUGGCUCUGGAAUUCCUGAGAUAAAAACGAUCUUGAGCGGUUUUAUUAUUAGGGGCUAUUUGGGUAAGUGGACCCUGAUUAUUAAAACCAUCACGCUGGUGCUGGCAGUGUCAUCUGGCUUGAGCCUGGGCAAAGAGGGCCCCCUAGUGCACGUGGCUUGCUGCUGUGGGAACAUUCUGUGCCACUGCUUCAACAAAUACAGGAAGAACGAAGCCAAGCGCAGAGAGGUCUUGUCGGCCGCAGCAGCAGCUGGUGUAUCUGUAGCCUUCGGGGCACCUAUAGGUGGAGUGUUAUUCAGCCUAGAAGAGGUCAGCUACUAUUUUCCCCUCAAAACAUUGUGGCGGUCGUUCUUUGCUGCCUUGGUGGCAGCAUUUACUCUGCGUUCCAUCAAUCCAUUUGGCAACAGCCGCCUGGUUCUGUUUUAUGUGGAGUUUCACACCCCAUGGCAUCUCUUUGAGCUGGUGCCGUUCAUUCUACUCGGCAUAUUUGGUGGUCUGUGGGGAGCUUUGUUUAUCCGCACCAACAUUGCAUGGUGUCGGAAGCGUAAGACGACUCAGUUGGGCAAGUAUCCUGUCAUAGAGGUACUCGUUGUGACAGCCAUCACUGCCAUCCUGGCUUUCCCCAAUGAAUACACCCGAAUGAGCACAAGUGAGCUCAUUUCUGAGCUGUUUAAUGACUGUGGCCUUCUGGACUCCUCCAAGCUCUGUGAUUAUGAGAACCGUUUCAACACAAGCAAGGGAGGUGAACUGCCUGACAGACCGGCUGGUGUGGGAGUCUACAGUGCCAUGUGGCAGCUGGCCUUGACACUCAUCCUGAAAAUUGUCAUCACUAUAUUCACCUUUGGUAUGAAGAUCCCUUCCGGCCUGUUUAUCCCCAGCAUGGCUGUUGGUGCUAUCGCAGGUCGACUUUUAGGAGUAGGAAUGGAGCAGCUGGCUUAUUACCACCAUGACUGGGCCAUCUUCAAUAGCUGGUGUAGUCAGGGAGCAGAUUGCAUCACCCCUGGCCUUUAUGCGAUGGUUGGAGCUGCAGCCUGCUUAGGCGGGGUGACUCGGAUGACUGUUUCUCUUGUUGUCAUAAUGUUUGAACUAACUGGUGGCUUGGAAUACAUUGUGCCUCUGAUGGCUGCAGCCAUGACGAGCAAGUGGGUGGCAGAUGCCCUUGGGAGAGAGGGCAUCUAUGAUGCCCACAUUCGUCUUAACGGUUACCCCUUUCUUGAAGCCAAGGAAGAGUUUGCUCAUAAGACCCUGGCAAUGGAUGUGAUGAAGCCCCGGAGAAAUGACCCUUUAUUGACUGUCCUUACUCAGGACAGUAUGACUGUGGAGGAUGUAGAGACUGUCAUCAGUGAAACCACUUACAGCGGCUUCCCAGUGGUGGUGUCCCGGGAGUCCCAAAGACUUGUGGGUUUUGUCCUCCGAAGAGACCUCAUUAUUUCAAUUGAAAAUGCUCGAAAAAAACAGGAUGGGGUUGUGAGUACUUCCAUCAUUUAUUUCACCGAGCAUUCUCCUCCGAUGCCACCAUACACCCCACCCACUCUCAAGCUUCGGAACAUCCUGGAUCUCAGCCCCUUCACUGUGACUGACCUCACCCCCAUGGAGAUUGUAGUGGAUAUCUUCCGCAAGCUGGGACUGCGCCAGUGCCUGGUUACGCACAAUGGGCGGUUGCUCGGAAUCAUUACCAAAAAGGAUGUGUUAAAGCAUAUAGCACAGAUGGCAAACCAAGAUCCUGACUCCAUUCUCUUCAAUUAGAAUCACAGGGUUGUGCUGGAUAUAAAACUGGAAGGACAUUGCAGACCAUGGAUGUAUUUUGUUAACUGGGUACCCAAAACACAUUUCCCAUGUUUGGAUGGUGAAGUUAUAUUAGUGUGUUGUCUCUUUCCUAUAAGUUAACCAGUUGCACUACAUAAUCUCUGGAAUUUAAUCUUCUCUUUAGUAAGAGAAAAUACAGUUAGGCUUCUGUGAUACUGCAUUAGGAGGAUUUCAUGAGAAAGUCAACAAGAUUGCUAUGGUUUAAUUCUUUAAUAAAUUUUUAAAAUAUAAUAAUCAUUAGCCAAUAUGCAAUCACUGAAAACUAUGCAAGAAAAAUUCCAACCGUCCUGACCUAUAGCCUGCAGGAAACUCAUGAAAAAGUCACUUUUUUGGACUCUGUCAUUGGUGGAAGAUGAAGUGUAAACUAAGGGGCUUUGCUUUUCCAACCACAGAAAGGAAAGCCAGAAGGAAAAUAGCAAUGGUGUUUUCCAGACUGUGAAAAAUUCAGUUCAAAUAUUAUCUUGUUCCUGUUACAAUAUUUAGCAUUAUUAGUUUGUGUGUGUGUGUGUACGUGUAUGUUAAUUUUAAUAUCUGAUUAUAAGACAAUGCUGCUUUGGUUAACCUUCUCUAAACGAAUUUAGAGAGGUUGACUUUUAUAGCUUGCUUGUUCCUGGUACUCUUUUGAAGUGCACAAAGAUAAGUUAUGGAACUCUUCUCCUUGUCUGCAAAAAGGGUAAUUUUCCAGAUGGUAUUUGUUUAGCUCAUAGACAAGGACUUUGCCAUGAAUUUGUUAGUAGCGAGGAAUGAUUUCUCCAGCUUCCUUGAAACGAAUGAUUAGUAAAGUUCUAAGCAAAGUCGAUGACUAGGAGUUUCACAUUUUUUUGGUGAGGUCCCAACUAAUUCUCUUACCCAGAUGCCACCUCCAUGAGUGAUGGUGCUUUAGGCUUCUGGAAUAUGUAAGAAUAGUAAAGGGAACCAAGUUGAGACUGCAUACUGAUAAUCCAGGGAAGAUCCCGAGCUGAAUCUGCACUCUCAUGCAUUCCUUUGUAUAGACCACCAGUACUAAAAUAACUGGGCACUCAUGCCUCCUCCCAGUGUUAAGUACAUAUGACAGGCCAGUGUUGUCCCUGUGAACACGAAUUUAGGCUUGGGGUACUUUCAAAUUGAUUCAAGGCAUCAGGGUAAGAUGGGCAGCUGCAACUCCCUUGGGGCUCAUUAAAAUUCUAAAUGAAAUGCAGAACCAUCCUAAGACCCAGGGGUGUGGACAAGGCCUGGUGACACCAAAGGUGCUUGUAUCCAAUUGAAAAGGUGCCUGUAUCAAUUUUCUACCACCUUUACCGCAGUAGAAAACCUCACACUGGAGGGACACCUGGUGGAAUCACAGAGCCACCACCGUCAUUCCCACACCGGUUUCUUUUUCUUGUGUUUUCCCCAAGUGCAGCUGCUCCUUCUUAUUCCCCUCCAUUCUUUCCCCCUCCUGUGCCUCAGUCCCCAGACCUCUCUUUGGGAUUGAGUGCCAUGCCUGGCUAACCAUUCCUUUUUCAAGAACUGACUCCCAGGGUGAGUUAAAUUGUGAACCAGGGCUCAGCAACCUUAAGGCAUGUGGACCAGAGGUAACCCACAGCCAUUUGCUUUGCUGUGUAGUUCAGCUGCUGCCCCCAGGCCUCCCUCCCUUUCUUGUCAACUCCCCACAGCAGCGAGAUUUAACUGCCAGGGCUGUGAGUGAGUUCAGCCUUUUCCUGUUCCACGUAGGAGUCUGUUUCCUUGCACUUUUUUGCACCAUCCUUCCAGCCUAGAACCAGCAGUCUCUCAGCAUAUCCUCCUCCACCCUCUGCCUGUCCUCCCCAAACACCUCAGGGUUCCUCCUUCUAAAAGUUGCUGAGCCCUGAAUCUAGGUUCUUUUUUUUUUUUUUACCCCUAGUUCUUAUCUUUCCAAAAUCCGAAAUUCUUUUAUUGCUCAGAACUGGGUGGCCAAGGCUUGUACUGAUUUUAAUCUUUCAAAUAUCAAGGCAGUCACCAGAGUUCCUUUUUUUUUUAAAGUAUAUCAUGCUAACAUUUUACUGAAAGAGAAAGAACUCUCUAGGUUAUCUCGUCUUAGAGUCAUGACUCAGUCACUUUAUGUCUUUUGUCGAUUCUAUGCCACUGAUUUCCUCAUAUGAGAUGAGGCUGUGUGCCAGACCACCCCCUGUGCAUUGUGCAGAAAUCAUUCUAUUCUGUAGAUUUUUCGUUCACUACCUAUCUUUUCUUACUAGCCUUCCAGCAAAAGUUUGCAAAACAGGAAGUGUUAGUAUUUCUGGUAUUUGAUAACAAAGGUUUGGUCGCCUUUCAUAGCACAGCAGUGCUAUGGAAGACGUUUGUGUCUGCCUUUUUGUUUCUUCUAGGCUCUGUUUUUGAUUUCAAACAGAUGAGCCAGUGUUAAGGUGCUACUUCAGAGAAUUAAUUCAAGAAAUCAGAUAACACUGUGCCAAGGUUUACUUUCUAGAUGCUAAGCACCGAUUGGACCUCCAGAGAAUAAUAUCCUUUUGAUACCUCACUCCUGAUAAAUCUCAUUCAUUAACCUCAGCUUCUCAGGAAUCCUUGUAACACAUAUGCUAGAAGUAGCUAUAGUGUAUGGUAUUCGUUAUAUGUCCAAUCCUAUGGUUUGGCUCAAAGGUUAGCUAAUUGUGGCUAGCGCUCUCUGCUAGACUGCUAGCUCAGCACCUAACACUCAAGAGUUUCUUGUCUUAAGGCAAUGGAAAAUGUUCUUUCUGCCAUUGCAGAUUCAGCAGUUGGGCAGACUUAUCCAACAAACAGAGCUGAUACAGGGAGGCCUGUCAGUAGUCUCAGGUGGCCACAUACCUCAAUGGCAAGAGACUAGAUAAUAUGUGAUUUAAAAAUUAAUUUGAGUUGAGACUAGUCUGUUUGGGCACUGAGAAAAGAAAAUUGCCCAACACUAGGGAAAGAUCUACAAAAGAAGGCCAAUAAGUGCUUCAAGAGAGUUAGGAUUUUCCAAGGAAAAAUAUCUGGUAGGCAUCCAGCCAUGAAAGCAGUGGGAGUCUAUAGGUUUGUAGAAGUCUAGCUGCUAUACUUUGUAGAGUCAGAUCUUCAAUGUAAAGAAUUAAGCCGAAGCAGUUCACUUGUGGUUAUACCACUGGAGGGAGGAAGCAGGGGAUUAAAAAUGCAAACUAAUGGCCACUCUCAAGGUCAUUUCUAUUUAGAUGUUUGUUCAGACCUCUCCUCUUUUCUGGCCCUGGCUUCCUUUCUGGCACCAGCCAGCUGUGCAGUAGAAGUGGUAUAAUCCACAGAACUGAUAUCCUCUGGUGGAUAAUCUGACAUUGAUGACACUUUGGAUUUGCCAGCUGGCAGAGCAAACCAUUAAUUUACUGGUUGAACAGCAAAGCAGUUCAGUUGUUUUGGCAUCAGAGGCUGAAUCUGAACCCCUUAUGGGAAGAGCACAGCACAGUAUAAAUUUCUCUAGCAAGUCUCCAUUUCUGUUUGAACAAAGAAAAAUGAAGUAAUGGGGAUUUAGUGUGGUCUAAGGCUGUGAAGUAAUUCUUAACCAUGAUCUUUUCUUUUUUAAAGGUGGGGAGGGGUGGAGGGAGAGGGAGAGAGAGAAUCUUAAGCAGGCUCCACACCCAGUGUGGAGCUCGAUGCAGGGCUUGAUCUUACAACCCCUUAUCUCCCCAAGAUCAUGACCUGAGCUGAAAUCAAGAGUUGGACCCUUAACUGACUGAGCCACCCAGGUGCCCCUUAACCCUGAUCUUAUGAAUUUAUUCAAGUAUGAGGGGAGCAAAUAUGUUUCUAAAAACUUGUCACGCAGUAGAGUCCAUCAUGCAAAGUAAUCAUUGCAUGUGAUAUGUUUUAAGUAUUUGAAUCACCUGUCCCUGCUGGGUCUCAAUCUUGGUUUGUUUUGUGGGGUGAUGAAUAGGGGGGUGAGCUUGUCACCCCACAGUAUCUUUUGUUUUUGUUUUUUUAAUCACAAGGAGUGUAAUUUUUGAAGUUGAGUUUUUAAUGAUAGUGAAGACAAUAGUGAGAAUUUGAAAUGGCUAGUGUGUUUUAUAUUACCAAAGUGCUUACUGAUGACUGGCCACAUUGCUACCCAUCAGUUCAGAGAAAGCAGGAGAACAUUUUUCAGGGUGGUCCACAGAGUAUUGAGCUCCUAAAAACCCUGAGAAAAACUAGAAAUUUAGAAAGUAAAUGGGAAGUAUAAUAUUCAGUCCUUAAAAAAGAUAGAUGUCUAAAUAUGUGGUCUAAACUUAAGUGUCCUCAAACCUUGAUUUUUUUUAAACCACCUCUGGGUUUGCCUGGAUUCCUCCUGGAGAGAGAGCUGGAAGACGGGGCAGUGGAAAACCCCUAGUAAGAAAAUACGUGAGUUCUCACAAGAUGGUGGGAGGAAGGCCAUCCUAUGCCCCAAGCCAUACAUCCUAGCAUUUAUAAACUGUUUGAUCAUAUGCCUCAGGUAGAGAAAACAUCACGUAGCCUUUCAAAAACCAGGUUUUGCAAGCAGAGGAGAGGCUCAAAGCAGCAUUUGGCUGGAGGCAGUCUACUUUUUUGCAGAGGGCUGACCCACGAAGAGACAUCUGCUCAGGAAGGAGGGCAGUGACUACUUGCCAUUGCCUAAAUGAUAAGCUUUAGGUAGAUUGUCUUGAAUUUUGAUAGCAAAAUAUUUCUUAAAUCUAUAUUUUAGCCUCCCUAGAAUGUACUUAUUGUGUAUUAAAGAGAAAAAAGGUAAGGGUUUCUCAGAUCAGAGCUCAGGGAGCUGUGUAAAUUUACAGUGAAAUGAAUGUAAUGGACCUGUGGUGGCCACUCAGUUUUGCUUUGCCUCAGUUUCAGUUAUUUGCUCUCAGGAGAAAAGUUCCUGGAAUAAUAGGUGUUAGCAACUUCACGUGAUUCCACAGAUGUUGGCAGGCCGCAGUCUCAUUUUGGAACAUCUGGAUCUGGGGAGUUGUGAGGUGAUGUAGGGAGCAAAAUUGAUUUUUCUACUGUGUAGUCUGAUUUUUUCCAAAUCACCCAAGAAAGAAAGAAUCUGAUGUGCUGGAUUUGCAUUUCUUGGAUGGGGCCUAUCAGGUCACCCUGCCCAGUCCCACAGUCAUAAAUUCCUACCUCUCAGUUCCUGCCAAAGGGUCUUCAGCCUCUGUGUACACUAAUUAAAUGGAAUGCCUUGCCUAAAGUUUGGCCUUUUAAAAGAGAAACAAUGCAUGUGACGGUAUAAAAAUAUGAGGGUUUUAAAAAAAAUGGUCUCGGCCUCUCCUCUUUCUCCCUUUUUUCCUGUCACUCCUUUCCCCACCCCCAAAUUCAGAUUUCUCUCAGCUAUUAACAAGCAUGUUGUUUUGAAUGUGGACCUUGCAGGGAGGGACAACAGCAUCAUUCUGAGGACAGAGAAUGGAAGAUAUUUCUGAGCUGAUGGGCUGAGCAGGGAUCUGCUCCACCAUUAGGGGCCAGAGCUGGUGGUAUUUAUUGAGAGCGUUGAGGGCUUUUAGUAUCUCAAGGCAGACAUAUGAAGUAUUCAUUGCUAAGCCUUAUUAUCUACUAGUCCAUAUCUGUUGAAAAUCAGAGGCACCCUGGUAUUUGGUGAGUGAAAUGCCGUCUGGCAACAUGGAGACAAGGAAGUGACCUGAGAUUGUUUUAUCAGGGUGGGAAUGUUCGAGCUCAUCGUAUUGCAUGUACCUCGAAAUAUAUGGUCCUUCAAGAGUGCUCAUUUUCCCCUGUCCAUUUGACUUCAGCCCCUUUCUCCCUCCUUUCUCUCCCUUUGCCCUGCCUUUUCAGUACUCAGCUUUUUAAUAAGUAUUUACAUUUUUAUUAUUAUAUUUGGUCCUUUAGGAUUAUGUAAUGAUUAAGAAAUCAAUUUCAUUCUAUAUUUUUAAAAAUGAUAUGUUUAAUAUUUUGUUCUUUUAAACUAUCUUUUGAAGCUCUGCUGCUAACCAAGUAUAGGCCAGAGAGGAGUAGGGCCUGACAGACGGCACCCUGGUCCUGUCACCUAACAAUGACAUCGAUGUCAUGACGGUGACUCUUCUUUAUUUGACCAGGGCCAGGCUCCUGCUCUUACCUCUGUCCAUUCACUUCUCGCCCUGUGAAAACUCUUACUUGUCAGAUGAGCCAGUGAGGCUAGGAGGAUCAGAAAAGCAGGUUCCAGCCCAUGGGCCACUAUAUGAGUUCUCUGUAGUAUGCUCAUUCGUAGGGCCGGCUCCAACCACAGUAGCCAAAGAAAACCUGCCCAACUCAACAUUUUAGUUCCUAAGCGCUGGUAAGAGUUCAGCCAAAGCCAGUGUAUAUAGAUAGCAGUAGUAGCUGGGCAUAUACCGAAACUAGCAUCAACCAAAGCCGAUAUAGCCUGAGUUUCUAAAGGAAGCUUGGUGCUGAGCUGUUCAGAGCAAUUAUUUAUUGGAGUGUUGCCAACCCUUAAGUCAUGCUUUCUUAGCUUUAUUCUACCUUGCAGAGAUGUUGGCCCCCACUUAUAGGCACAGUGUGUACCAAAGCUAUGGCUUACUGUUCACUUCGUUUUGCUCCCUGGUCAUGCAUAGUAACAUAGUCUAAAAAGGAAGACAUGGGCUGGGGAGUUAGGAGACCUGGUUUCUAUUCCCUAUGCUUCUACUAACUAGCCUUGAGAUCUUAACCGCUCUGUGCCUCCAUGUUCCCAUCUGCAAAAUGGGGAUAGUGUUAAUUGCCCUACCUACCUCACAGGGUUGUUGUGAGGAUAAACUGAGACAAUGAAUGGAAAGUACUUUAACAAGUAAGUGCUAUGCAAAUUGUAAGACAUGGAAACAAUCAUGUUAAAGGCAAUGGAAUGGACAUUGGCAGAAGGGUUAAUGGAAUCGUCCAGCCCUUUCUCUGUGUGGCAUAAACCCGGGUCGCCAUUGCUUUAUACAUUUUCACUUAGCACAGAUUUGUAAUUAUGCAUGUAAUAAAGCACAGCCUUAUCCAA